AGCGCUGUGUAGGCGGCGCGGGAGGUACGCUCCCCUUUCCCUCACCCUCUCCCCCUUCCCUUGGCCGUGGAGGCGCCGCGAGCCCAGUCCCGGCGAGGAGGCCGUGCCAGUGACCACCAUGGCGGCGGAGUCGGUCCUGGAAGUGGUGGAAAGGCUGCAGUCGAGACUGGCCGGGAAUCCCGAACCGAAGAAGCUACUAAAACAUCUGAAGAGACUCUCAGACUUACCUAUCACCGUGGACAUUCUGGCGGAAACAGGUGUCGGGAAAACAGUGAAUGGCUUACGGAAACAUGAGCAAGUAGGAGGCUUUGCCAAAGACUUAGUGGCCCGAUGGAAGAAGUUAGUCCCUGUUGCUCAGGAGGUUGAAAGGAAUAUUGAGCCUGAGGAGCAAGACCUUGAGAGAAGUAGCUCUAGAAAACGUCCCCGAGAUGUUUUUCCCAAGGAGGAGGAAAUGGAGGAGGAAUAUCAGGAAAACUGGAAGGCCUCUUGUAGCCAGCCACACAGUCCUGACUACCGGGAGAAAAAGCAUCGAAAGCUUUCAGAGUUUGAUAGAAUGCCCAAGGCCUCACAUAGUGGUGAGACAAGAGAAGAAAGAAAGCGAUGGAAUAAAACCUCCCCACUGUACACAUCCGAUCAGGAGCUAUCCGACAGUAGUCAUGUUCACUCACCUCAGCCUUCCACAAGCCCUCAGCAGUUAUCUAUGGACUAUGAUCAACUCCCUGAAGAGGAGGAGGAACAGCCAGUACCACAUCGGAAGGCUGGCAAAAGCCAUAGUCAUGCCUUUCAGGAUCGAGGCUUAAAUAGCCAAGAGAGACGCUUGGGUGAACCCCAGGAUAGAGGCUCUGUGAGUCGGAGCAAAGAGCACAAAACUUCACAGAAGGAAAAGCAUCGCUUGGAUACAAGAGAGGAAAAGACCUUUAGUUUGGGUCGAGACAAAGUGUCUAAGGCUGUUUCUCGAGAAGAGGGCCGAAGGUCUCCCUCAGGAACCAGUACCAAGGAGAAGCAGACACUGUCUAGUGCUGCCAAGAAAGAGAGGGACAAAGAAAGCGGCGGUAGCAAGAAGAAGUUUUUACCUCCCUUGGAGGUGGCUUCUGUCAACCAUACGAAAAAAGCAAAGCACAAGGAUGUACAAAAAUCCAAAUUGGAAAAGACCAAGCUUAGUGGGGACAGCUUUGAUGUGGGGAAAUGGGAGGGAGAAUUUUCUCCCAAGCCAAAAGAGAAAGGGGGGUCUAACAGCUUAAAGAUGCGGGAAGGAAAAUCCAAAGCCUCUAACUCGGACAGAAAACCAUCGAGUCACUUUUCAGGGGCUGGAGAGACAGAUGUGGAUGAUGACUAUGAACAGCCCACCAUGUCUUUUGAAUCAUACCUCAGCUACGACCAGCCCCAGAGGAAAAAAAAGAAGGUUGUUAAAACUACAACUGGGGUUCGUGCAGAGAAAAGUCACAGUAAGCAGAACGGUUCCAAAGCUGAUCAUAAAAACUCUAAUAAUGCCAUUCAGAAACUCCCUAAGAUGAAUGAGAGCAAGGCAGAAAAGCAACAUUCUGGAACCAGCUCUGCCAAACUAAAAAAGGUCUCCACUGAUGUGACCCCAACAUUACCAGACAUCCCCUUGCCUACCAUUCAGGCCAAUUAUCGUCCACUUCCUUCUCUUGAAUUGAUUCCCUCCUUUCAGCCAAAGAGGAAAGCAGUCUCCUCACCCCAUGAAGAAGAGGAAGCUGGAUUUACUGGACGUAGGAUGAAUUCAAAGAUGCAAGUCUAUUCCGGUUCCAAGUGUGCCUACCUACCGAAGAUGAUGUCCUUGCACCAGCAGUGCAUCAGAGUCCUCAAUAAUAACAUAGACUCAAUUUAUGAAGUUGGGGGUGUUCCCUAUUCUGUACUUGAACCAGUUUUGGAAAGAUGUACUCCUGAGCAACUCUAUAGAAUUGAGGAGUGCAACCAUGUGUUAACUGAAGAGACUGAUCAGCUGUGGAAAAUUCACUGCCAUCGAGACUUUAAGAGAGAGAGACCAGAGGAAUUUGAGUCUUGGAGGGAGAUGUAUCUUCGACUCCAAGAUGCUCGGGAGCAGCGACUGCUCCUCUUGACUGAGAACAUCCGAUCAGCUCACGCCAACAAACCCAAAGGCCGACAAGCAAAGAUGGCCUUUGUCAAUUCUGUGGCCAAGCCGCCUCGUGAUGUCAGGAGACGGCAGGAGAAAUUUGGGACCGGAGGAGCAGCUGUUCCUGAAAAGAUCAAGAUCAAGCCCGCCCCCUACACUUCCAGCAGUGGCUACACCUGCAGCAGUGGCAGCAGCAGCUACAGCAACAGCACCGAGGAAGGGCAGCCCUACGACGGCCCGAGCACCAGCAGCGCCCACUCAGCCCCAGCAGUCAGCAGCACGGUGUCUUACGACCCCAGGAAACCGCCCGUAAAAAAAAUUGCCCCAAUGAUGGCCAAGACGAUCAAGGCAUUCAAGAACAGAUUCUCCCGGAGAUAAAAAAAAAAAAAAAAAAAAAAAAAACCUUCCUUGAAGAUGGAAAAGGAAGAGGAGGAAGGGGAAGAGAGGGAGUAAAGCUCACAGGAGUCUCUGUUUGGCUCCAUAGAGCCAGUUGCUAUCACAUGCAUCUCCAAAACCUGCCCAAGGAUUGACAGAACCAUUUCUUCAGGUGUAGUGCCUGUAAACUACCUGCACACAGCCCCUGCCUCCCUGCCCAGAGAGCACUUGAGACUUAUAAAGAAAGAUGUGAAGCCUUGGGCCUCCCGAGGAUUUUAAGGUCAAUUCAACCUUGUUAGCAAACCUCUUUGUAAACUAUGAAAAAUAGUUUUAAUUAAUAAAUAUUUCCCCAGAUUGUAUUUAUAAUACCCCCAGUAUUUUUUCCUCCUUUCUCUGUCUCUGUCUUUCCCUCUCUCUUUUUCUCUGUCUCUCUUUCACACAUACACACACACACACACAUUCUCUCUCACACCCCUACCUUAUAUUGUUUUAGACUGCUUUCUUUCCUACCAUUGAGUUAGAAUGCAAGUCUGAUCAGUCAAGGCCAGAAGAUCCCCUGAACUCAGCUCAGUCACCAUCUCUUCUCAGGGUGGGAUGCUGUUCCAGAGGAAAAACUGGCCCUCCCCUCCCACCUAAAGGCCCCCAUCCCCCAGGGAGCCUCCAUGGUGCCUGUUGUGUGUGUGUUGGAAAAGCCUUGGGAGUCCUUCGAUGCUUCCUUACAGGGCAGUUUGCCUCUCCCUGGAUAGCUCUAGGAUCUUGAAAACUGUUACCGCGUUCUUGUUUGUUAACCCCAGGUGGGAGAUUUUCCUGGUGUUGCUUUUCAGUUCCUGUACAGAUGCUUAUCUUGCGUUCUCACUUAUUGUCAUCAAAUAGUAUUUAUUAAGGCGCUUAUUUGGGAAAGUGAGUGACUCUUUCCUCAACCCUCUUGAUCUAUCCUAUUGUGCUUUGAGUAUUAGUGCAAGACAUACAUCCUGGGGGAAAAACUUUGAUUUGCACAGCUUGUCCCUUCCCACUCUUCCAUCCCCUUAAGCAAUUUCAGAAUUUUCCAUUUCUGCCUCAAACAGUUUUAAAAGAUUUUUUUCUAUUCACUCUUUCUCCCUGCUCAAGGGUGGAAACAGGCAGCUACGUGUUUCCAGAUUUCAUAUAGCCCAGGAAAAAAUUUCCUGCUUUUUUAAAGUUAGGCACUUUAAUCUCUUUGCUCCACGUGAAUUUUUGCUGGAAGUGAGUGGUUUUAAAAGAGUAGUGUGUUUGAAGGGUUUAAAAAGAAAAUGGUAAGAUCCUGUGUUAAAAGAGCACAGUUAACUUUCUGGAAAUUUUUAUAGCUCACAAUGGUCAACACACAGAGCAUGAGCCCCUGCCUUUGGAGGGAAAGAUUUGACUAGAAUGAGACCUUUGCUGCCCAUUUGUCUGGAAACUAAAAGGAAUCUGACGCUAGUGGCUUGUGUAAUGCCAAAUAGAAAUUGUGGCAGUAGCAGCAUAGUCUGAGAUGUUGGAGGAGGAGUUGAGAACCAUGGACCCUGUAAAGUCAAACCAGAGUGCCACCCGGGAGUUAGGCUUGCAGACAGGAACUCUGGAAAUUGCACAUUUAGUUGCUAAAAGCUCAGCUACAAAAAGCACCAAGAUCAGAGAGGAACCAGACACACUUUGUUCUCCCCUUCUCUCACCCCUCGCUUCUGCUGAGGGGGGGACCCAGCUAAACAAACCGGAAUAACCAAUCCAAGCACCUCCUGUCAGCCUGGGAAGGCGGCAGGGCCAGGACCCUUUCUGACACAUUUGGAAAUGCCCUGAAAAGCCGCCAUCGCUUCUGGCUUAGAGGUUCCAGGGAGGCGAGCAUUGGACAAGGUGCAGCAGUCUCCAUGCAGGUGCUUCCACGCCCCCCGGCCACAUCAAUCAGUGGUCUUGGUCUGUACUUCGAGGAUAACGAGAGUUUCUUCUGUGCUUUAUGGCUCCUGUUUCUCCUCCACCCCCAUCUCCCUUCUUUACUGGCAUGACCUCUUGAAGGUGGGGGGGUCACCCUCUGGGUCCCCCAUCUCAAGUCUGUUAUAAACUGUUUAGGGAUUUUGCCGCUGAAAGCUUUCGUGAUGUCAGAUUCAGCCGUGGCAAGUUCCCCUACACAGUGGCUUUUGGAUGGGAGAGAUUUUGAAAGGGAUUCUGGCACCCGGUGGGGGAUCCCCGCAAUAUCUUUGGGCUGCCAUUUUAACAGGCUUCCAGGCAGCCCUGCUCACCACCAGAGGGGGAUGGGGGCAAGGAAGGAGCCAAGCCAAGUGAGCCUCUGUGAAUGGUAAACUGAUGCCUCGGCCUUCCUGAGCCUUCCCUUGUGCAAUUCUAAUGUUCUGUGCUCACUCCAUGCAGACCGCCAAAGUCAUCCUCUGUGAUCUGUUGUGUGUGGGGGGGCUUCUUGGGGACUUUGGUUUUUGUUUGGGGUGGGAGGGGGGAGUCAGGUGUUGGCCUACUCUGCAUUUGUAUUUUGGUCCCCAGAUGUAAAUAGAAUUUUCUAUGUUACUUUUUUGUGGUAACUACCAAGAUGAAUAUUUUAAUUAGAUAAGUUAUAUGAAAAGGAACAAAAAUUCCAUGUCUCAAUAAAAAGAAAAUACUAGA